GGAAGUCCCCGUGAAGUUUUAUUAAAAUAUGUUUAUGUUAAUACUAGUCAAAUCAAUUCGGCUCGAGAUUUAGCUAGGUUGUCGCAAUUAAAUCAACAGUGGUUUCAACACAAAAGGAAUGAAAGCCAUCGGAAACUUUACAUUUUUUCUGUUACCAUGGCUACUAUGUCUUCGAUAUGUCAGCGGUCAGCAAUGUGAGUCAUCGUAUUCCAUAUAUGGUUAUGAGGUGAAAGGUCACACAAUUCGCGAGAGCGAGGCGUGGGAUGUCGUGGAUUGCAUGUCACGGUGUCAGUCGGAGUUCUUCUGCCUUAGUAUCGCCUUCCGUAAAAACGACAGGAUGUGUAUGCUGAAAGACGCGGACCGGCACACACAUCGUGCGGACUUCGGACCGGGAAGUCGGGGAGUUCAAUACAUGGAAAACGUGGAACCAUACAAUAAAAAUCGCGUCCAAUCAUGCGCAGACCUCAAAUCUGCUCGUGCAUCCGUUCCGAGUGGGUACUAUCCCUUUAAACUGCCAUUUGGUGGAAGAAUCGUGGCCUACUGUGAUAUGGAACGCUUUGGUGGGGGGUGGACGCUUGCGGUUGGAAUUAGCUCAACCGACAACAACCAUCUGCAGCGGUUAGAGUACAACUGCAUGGACGAACAGCUCUGUGUUCCGUUCACUAAUGCGACCAUCACAGCGAGAAAAUUAUCAGAUGCGGACAUCCACCAGCUUGCCCAAAGAGAAGGGACUUUUCGAGUCGAUUUCGACUACCGUUACACUGUGUUCUACCGUAUUCCCUCUGGAUCGUCGAACUUUGACUCGUCCUGCAAAGGAUCAAGCUGUCCAAGAAUAACCGUCUCGUACGAGUACCCUUAUGUGUGGGAGUCCAACUGCAAAGGCGUGUCUCUGGGAUACAAGAUAUCUAACGGCUGCCAUAGAGUGUUUGAUGGUCAUGAUGAUCACGAAUGCGGAGCACGGUGGAUUUCAUCCAAAUACAGCACCAAUCGCGUUCUCUAUGGCCACCCAUGUCCUGGUGAUCCGCAACACAGUAAUGGGAUCCACAAAAAUACCCAAGGGACUUUGUGGGUGCGAUAGCCUCUGAAGGCAAUUGCAGACUACCUUUAAGGUUCUAAAUUGUGACGUCACCACAGACCUCCCAACUGUCCAGGACGCGUGAGUUCACGCGCAGUCUGCAAACCUUUUCUUUUAACCAAUUUUUUUAUUGCGUUUGACAAGAAUAUCUAAAAUGGUUGCAAUAUAAAAGUGUGUAGGCAUCGACCUUUUUCCAAAGAGGUGCCCCACAAAAGCAGGCGGCUGUUUUUUUGCCUCUGUGUCUCAGCGUGGGUCAGUACUUCAUGUAGUGUUAAUGUUAGGGAGAUCAUGUGCCAGUUCAUGUUGUCUUUAGAUGACGUACUUACCUUAGUGCGCCUAGGGGAUUGCGCAGGGUGUGCGCAUGUUUAUUUAAAAUUAUAUUUAAUGUGUUCCAGAAUUUUUAUCCAAGCAUCAAUAAAACUAUCCUCCUGCGCAGAGCUUUCGGUGUCGCUCGUUUCCUUUUCUUUCCGCCUUUGGUGUCGCUCGUUCCCUUUUUUUUCCGCUUUCGGUGUCGCUCGUUCCCUCUUCUUUCCUUUAGAGAAAAAGAAACGAGCGACACAAAAAGCUCUGCGUAGGAGGGUACAAUAAAACGUGA